AUGCAGAUUGCAACACUUAAUUAUCCACCCAAUCCGAAGGAAAACUUGCAUAGUGAUUCAAGAUCGGCAUUUCAUCAUCGGCAAGUUCUCACUAUUGUAACAAAUGUAGAGAAAAAACAAAAGCAACGACGAUCUUUUUUAUCGGAUCUUACUGCCAACUCUAAUAAGCGCUUACCACCGAUGAAAACAAAUUCAAAUAGGCCUAGUUCAAUACGUAUUAAAGGAAAUGGAUUUACAGCACCAAAGCUUCACGAUAAAUCGAUGACUUCAUAUAAUCAACCAUGCCGUACGCAGAGUAGACUAUCGGAGAAAAAUGAUGCCAUAGGAACAAGAAGUAGAUCCGUUACUCCAACAGGAACAAUGAGAUCACCAUCGAAAUUAUUAAGUCUUAAAUUUGGCUAUCCUGUUAAAUUGCGUUCAUCGGAUUUUUACGCGCCGAGUUUAACCGAAUCUGAAUUACGUCUUCGUGAAGUAUCGUUUGUUAGUGAUUCAAUUCGUUCGGCACAUCAUGCAGUUAUUCCACCUUAUGAACCACUGCUAGAUCCUAAUUUGAAAGAUUUUUUUCAAUCAUCACUAGUAUUAGAUGUUGUACGUAAAACUCUAAACAUGGAUCUCAGUGAAAGAGCCUCUGAAGUAAAGAAACAAUCAAAAACGAAUGAUCGUGAUGAUGAUUAUCGUCGAAUUGUAGCUAAGCAUUCAUCUGGAUAUGGAAAAUUAAAUGGCUAUGAUUGUAUUCCACGCAACGCUCCGCCUCGUCAUUAUCGUUCUAUGACACAUGCCAAAUUUCGGUCACCAUCAAAUUCAUCAAUCACAAGUUUUCCAACGUGUAGUAGCAUUCAUUUUCAACCGAAAAAGAAUUCUCGUCUGAGCUAUAAAUCAAAGCACUUAGCACCACUUGCUACAUUAUCUUCAUUAAGUUAUCCAACAGAGACAACCAGUGAUACCGCACCGGUUUCUAAUGUAUCUCAGGAAUGA